AAAGUCUCGAAAGUCGAGUCGUGACAAAAACAUUCUUUAUAAAGUAUGAAAAUUUCUCUCUAGUAUACAGUUUUUAAAACUUUGACAGAAACCUCUCGAACGAAACAAAAGUAAGUACUACUUUUGGAAGAAAGGAAUAGAUGUGGGGAAUUUUUAAAACCACUUUUGAUUAUUUAAUAUAUUUCCCCAAAAGUUUUGAGAUGCUUUCUAAAAUAGGUCAAAAUAAUACUUUUUAAAUCAAAUUACUUUACCAUGAAGUUAAAGUCUACUCUUUUAAAUCACAAAAAUAUAGAACUUAAUCACAUACAAAGACAGAACUUUAACCUUUUAAAACUUUUGGGAAUCAAUUGUAAUUUAAAAGUAAUAGGAGGGCUAGAAUAAAAUUGCUCAAAUCUAUCCAUUAAAAUUCUUUUUUUAAUUAUUAUCUUAAACAAAAUAAUAAUAAUAAUAAUAAUAAUAAUAAUAAUAAUAAUACGUGUUUAUCCUCUUCAUAAUCCCUAUAUAUAUGUAUGUAUGGUACAAAUUAGUUAAUAUUGUAGUAAAAGAAAAAAAAAGAAGAAGAAAUUUCCGUAUCGGAGAAGACAAUCACCGGCGGAAACCAAAGGCAAUGUUUCUAAGAAGAGUCGCCGUCGGUGCUACGAAACUCAAUGUUGCUCCGGCGAAUGGGCGGUUCCUCCUCCGUCACAUGUCUUCUCGGUACGGGUCCACGGCGGAGGAAAGGGAGGCUCGAGCAACUUGGAUUAAGCAGCUGAACUCCCCCAUGGAGGUCAUUGCUCCCGAUGUGGCAGACAUCAUUGAGCUUGAGAAAGCUCGUCAAUUCCAGGGUCUUGAGCUUAUACCUUCCGAGAAUUUCUGCCCAAGAGCAGUAAUGGAAGCAGUUGGUUCGAUAUUGACCAAUUCAUAUAGUGAAGGAUAUCCGGGUGCCAGAUACUAUGGAGGAACUGAGUACGCUGAUAUCAUCGAGAACUUGUGCAAGAAACGUGUGUUUGAAGCUUUCCGUUUGGACCCUGCAAAAUGGGGAGUUAACGUGCAGACUUUCACUGGAUCUAUAGCUAACUUUCUGACAUACAGUGCAUUAUUAAAACCUCACGAGAGGAUAAUGUCUCUUGAUUUACCACAUGGUGGACACCUUUCGCACGGUUAUCAGACUGCUACCAAGAAAGUUUCUCUUGUUUCAAUGUUCUUCGAGACAAUGCCAUAUAGGUUGGAUGAGAGAACUGGUUACAUUGACUAUGAUGGGAUGGAGAGAAGUGCAUCUUUGUUUCGACCAAAACUCAUUGUUGCUGGUGCAACUGCCUACGCUCGUCUCUAUGAUUAUGCACGAAUUCGAAAGAUCUGUGACAAAUAUAAGGCAAUCAUGAUGGCUGAUAUGGCACACCUUGCUGGUUUAGUUGCAGCAGACGUUAUUCCAUCUCCUUUUGAAUAUGCUGAUAUUGUGACAACGACCACAAAUAAGUCCUUAGGUGGACCACGAGGGGCUUUGAUUUUCUAUCGAAAGGGCGUUAAAGAGAUCAACAAAAAAGGAGAGGAAGUGCUCUACGACUAUGAAGACAAAAUCAAUGGCGCAGUCUUCCCUGGUUUUCAAGGUUCCCCACACAACCAUAAAAUUGCUGGUCUGGCGAUUGCUUUAAAGCAGGCCACAACUCCGGAAUACAAAGCCUACCAACAACAGGUUCUCAAUAAUUCUUCAAGAUUUGCUCAGUGUUUGAUUGAGAAGGGCUAUGAACUUGUAUCUGGUGGAACUGAUAAUCAUUUACUCCUCGUGAAUUUGAAAAAUAAGGGUAUUGAUGGCUCGAGAGUGGAAAAGGUUUUGGAUUGGGUGCAUAUUGCAGCUAACAAGAACACAGUUCCAGGGGAUGUGUCUGCCGUUUCUCCGAGUGGCAUUCGUAUGGGAACCCCUGCUCUUACUUCCCGAGGCUUCCUCGAAGCAGAUUUCGUGAAAGUAGCUGAAUUCUUUGAUGAAGCUACGAAACUAGCCUUGAAGAUUAAGGCUGCUGAACCUAAAGAUGCUAAGUUAAAGGAUUUUGAGGCAACCGUGCAAUCAAAUAAAGAAUUCCAAUCUGAAAUUUCAAAGCUCCGACGUGAGGUUGAGGAGUUUUCCAAGCAAUUUCCAACGGUAGGUUUUGAGAAAGAGACCAUGAAAUAUAGAGACUGAAGAACAGAGUUUUAUAGGCACCUGAGUCGGGUUAGACAGUCUGCUAAUAAAUGGCAGCGGUUCGUUAAAACCCAGUACUUGAAAAGUCAUUUUAAAUUUGUGUUAGUUGCUCAACCGUUUAUAUGCAUAAAUAAAUGUCUUUUGUGAACCGU